AUGAACAAACCAGCUACUUGCCUAACUCCUAGGUUCUUUAAGACCGUGAUCUUUAUUCGUGACAGAAAUUCUCAUGGGCAGGAAAUAUCAGGAUACAUUGACUAUGCCCACAGGCUAAAGAUCGAAGAUUUUGAAGUUUACUUUAGUGGAAAAAAAAGACUUCUUCCAAAACCGGCAGAUAUGAGCUUUUACAACUGGGACAGUCAUAUUGCUGUUUGGAAUUCAACUCCCAAUUAUCAAGUGAUUGCUGAUAAUCCAGAAGGUUUACUUUUCAAAUACAAAAGAGACAGAAAAAUUCUCAAUGUAGAUCCAAAGGUUUCCCCAGGUGACAACUCUACUAGAACCCCUAUCCAGACAGAACUCUACAUUCAAGCUGUCAUUUUUGACCACAUUUCUAGAAGAAAGACUUAAGUACCAACAUGUUACAUGGUCCCCUAAUGACUUGCUAAAUUUGAAUAAAUUCUAUAACCCUAAGCAACUUAGGAAAUAAAUGAGUCUAUAGAUGGAAGGCAAGUUAGAAUAAUAAAAGUUGAUAAAGAAAUCAGAAAGAAAACCAUAAUCGUGACUGUCUUUGUGUGGUACAGAUCUUAAUCUGACUUGAGGUUUUUCUAAAUUUUUCCCCUUAAAUGCUGAAGCUGAUUGCAACAGUUCAUGGGAGAGAAUCUUCUUGCUACUUAUUUUGAAGCUCAGAUUUUCCAAAACAAAAAUGUUCCAGGUCUUACUAUUGGCAAAUAUAGGGGACCAAAAUCUAUACCAUGUGGCAGUGCUAUCUACUAAAUUUGUUGAAUAGUGAUAAGAAGUCUGAAAUUGAAGAACAAGACUAAGAAGAUAUAAAUACAAGAUUUUCAAUAGCUCUAUAUGAGAAAAUAAAAUCUGAAAUGUCCCAUGAGAUGAUGUAUAAAAUGAAGUGUUUAAUAUGUUUAUGUGCCUGGACAAUAUGAAUACCAUGACCAUGAAGCUGAGAAAAUGAAAUCUAAGAGAAACCAAAAGAUUUUAGAGAAGUGAGGACUUCAUUAGGGAAGAACAUGUUUUCCUCAUGUGCCCCUGCAGGUGGCUUUUGUGCAGAAAAGAUAUUAUUCAAGAGGUCACCUGUGAUUUAAAAAUUAAUAUUUGGUUCUUCCUCUUAUUCCUAUUCUCUUCUCUUCUCUUUCUAAACAAUCCAGUACUCAGGCAUUUGUUUGGGGCCAAGCAAGGUGAAAGACUGCUCAAUGUGUGGGAGUGGGAAAGCCCAGAGCAGGACAUCAGAGUUCCAGUGGGGUGAGAAGGGUGUAUUCAUAGGGGAGGUGAUGGCCUGGCAUGAGAUUGGAGAUUCCACUCAAGAUGAGUAGAGUGGUAUUAAAUUAGAAUUGGAUGUAUUGGAGUGAUCUCAUCAUUUUCAAUAUAUACAACAAAUACAGAAUAUAUGUUAAUGUUUUAUGCAUGCAUCUGCCCUUGCUCUGUUCAAUAAGAGGGCCUCAAAACAGCAACACCCAAUAUCAAUGAGCUCACAUCGCACCCAGAUCUUGGUUUCUCACCACCACUUUCUACCAAAAGGAAGCAGGCAUCCUUGGGAAAAUGACUGAUUCCAGGGCUGAGACAGGGAAAAUACAUGAGUCUAGAACAUCUUUUUGUGCCAGAAAGCAAAGAAGUUCUUGAAAAAUGAAAGGGAUUUAUCAAAAGGACACCGAAUCCACAUUGGAAAAGUUCCUAAAAGAUCUCUUAGAUUUCAUUUUCUCAGCUUCAUGGUCAUGGCAUUCAUAUUGUCCAGGCACAUAAACAUAUGGGACAGUUUGGGCAUCAAAAUAAAUAAUGAAAACCACAGGCAGAAAGUAGGAAACCAUGAGCCCAUACUCAUCUACAUAAAUGAAUAAAUGGAAAGUUUGCUGAGGAAUGGGAUGUUUACAUAGUAUCUCCCAGAAAAUAUGUAUUAGUUACAGAGGGAAUAAUGGAAAAAACUGGAAGAUGCCACUUUCAACAAGUGAUCGAAGAGAAUAUGUUUAGUAAUGAAGCAAACUGAAUUUGUUCCACACCAAAUAAUAUACAACAGAGUAACUCAUCAUCACUUUUGUAAUAAUCCUGCCAAAAUUGCAUAACUUGAAUAUAAUCAAGAGAAAACUCAGAAAAAAACAAAUCCAUGGGCAUUAUGCAAAAUAACUGGCCUGAGAUCUUCAAGGUGUCAAGAUCUUGAAAAUAGAAGACUGAAAACCUGUCUCAGACUGAAGGAGACUAGAGAGACAUGAUAAUCAAAUGCAACACAUGAUUCUGAGUUAUAUCCUUAUCCUAUAAAGGGAAUCUGGGAACAUCUGGUAAAAAUUGAAUGGUUUUUGAAGAUUAGAUGGUGGUAAUGUAAAAAUGUUUAUGUCCUGAUCUUGAUGAUUAUGUUGUGGUUAUAUUAGAAAAUGUCCUUGAUUGUGGGAAAUUGCACUAAAGUGUUUGGGAGUCAAGGGGCAUCAUGUCAGCAAAUUAUAAAUAUUUCAGUGUGGGGGGAAGGUCUUUGUGCUGUAUUUGCAAUUUUUUUGUAAU